UGUGUGUGUGUGUGAUCAUACUUAUAAAGACUCGGGGAGAAGCUCAGACACUCAGUGUUUGAUCAUGAUCCUGCUCGUGCUGCUUCUCGCCACCGCUGGGAGUGGCCAUGCUCACAGCGUUCGGGGCCAGGAGAGAAACGGUGCAUGUGUGUGUGAGGUGAACAGCACGAUCUGGGCUUUUCCUGCUACCAAGUAUGACACCGUAACAGACCUGCUACAAAACUGCGAAGACUCACUGCAACUACUCCAAACACAGACAGUGACGAGCGCUAAGACGGUGCCUGAGAUGGAGGCCACUCUGAAUAAUGUGACGCAGCGGCUGGAGAAGUUCCAGUACCUGAACAAUCAGGGCCUGUACAACGCGCUACACCUGACCCAGCUCAGCCAAGAGAUCCAGCAGCUACAUGACACCAUGAAUAAUGUAGAACUGGACAAAGCUGGAGGGGAGGCACAGCGGAUACGUACAGAGUUGCAGAAGUUUCAGGAAGAUGUGGACAAGAUGUACAAGAAAAAUGUCUUCAACCUAGAAACAAUGAGGGAGAAGUUACGCUCUCUCAAUAACCGUGUCCAGACCUGCAGGACCAUCCCACAAGACUUCAGGAGCUCUUGUUCUGAGCGCACGAUGAAAAAUAUCAGUGCGCCAAUGGUCACUAAGUUAAACCCGUUCAGUACGUCCUUCAUUGCUGGAGCGUGGGGUCAUGACAUUAACACUGAUGGUGAACAGACAUACUGGAUCCAGCCUCUAGCUAAUGGGAACAGGUUGGGCAUCACUGUGCGCUUCUACCAGACUUAUGAGGACUUCAUGGCUGGAAGGAACCACAGAGAUGAAUCACUGGUUAAUUCAUACACUCACGCUAAUGCAAUUCAGGGACCAGGGACCAUCAUUCACAAAGGGGUUGUGUAUUAUCAGUGCUAUAACUUGCCUGAACUCUGUGCCUUUGAUUUGAAAACCAAGCAAUUCCGACGUCUCGCGCUUCCUAAUGCUGGAUUCAACAACAAAUUCCCCUACUGCUACUACAGCUGCUUCGAUUGGACGGACAUCAACCUCUCAGCUGAUGACAAGGGUUUGUGGGUAAUGUACGCCACGGAAGCUAACCACGGGAACGUGGUCGUGAGUCUAGUGAACACUGAAGGCUUCAACAUAACACACACGUGGAAGACACGCCUGUUCAAGCGUUCAGCGACCAACGCCUUCAUGGUGUGUGGGGUGCUUUACGCAACUCGCUACAUAAACACUUAUAAAGAGGAAGUGUUCUACGCCUUCGACACGACCACAGGGAUGGAGGACAACACGCUCUCGCUCCCUAUAGAGAAGGUGGCAGCGGGCGUCGCCAACCUUCACUACAACCCCACAGACAUGAGGCUCUACAUGUACAAUGGUGGCUACAUGCUCGCCUACCAAGCUUACUUCUGAAAGGCUAGAUUAAAAUAUGCAAUACGUGCAGUGUAUGAUAAGCAUAAACACGACAUGAUUUUCACUAUGGUAUAGCAUCUGACUGAAACUUCAUUAAAUGCUUUAAAGCACUGCAAUGGCAGUGAAAGUGUUUAAAUUUCAGUUGUUAACAGGACCAUACUCUGCUUUACUCUGCUUUUUUAGUUGAACAAGUCUCUAUCAUUGUAGAAAAGCCAUUUUGUCUCAUUUGCACCUCUAAAAACGAGAGAACAAUCUAACGUACUGCAAAUCAUGCUAGGUUUUAAGGCUUACCAUAUUGCAUUGACCAAAAUUUAAAUCCCACCCAAUUUGUUAAUAACAAGUAACUGUACAAACUGUAAUUACAUUAAACCUAAAGUAAGCUUUAUUGUUUAUUUUUCACAGUUUUAUGAAAAUUGUAAUCCAUACACACUAUCUGUACUGUUAGAGAAUAAUACCACCGGUAUAGCUAUUUGAGAUUUUCUUACAGUGGUACACUGCUACACCUUAUGCUUGCUCAGAGUAUGCUUUAAAAGUAAAGCUUCAUUAAAGAGAAAUAAAUCUUUUAUAUUGACUGAUGACUAGAUAUAUGCUGUGAAAUAAGGAAUAAAAUAGCAGAAGAUGUUUCACAUCUAA